CUCGAGUGCUGGGGAGACCAGUUUCAUGCUCUGUGCCACUUCUCAGCUAACUGCAGUAGGCAACAUGUCUUUGACACUACUUUCUGUCCUCUGGCUCAUCAUUCAAACUCAAGCAAUAGCCAUAAAGCAAACACCUGAAUUAGAGCUCUAUGAAGUAGUUCGUCCUAAAAAACUACACAUUUUAUACAAAAGGGAGAUACAAAACCACCAGACAGAGAAUGGCAAAGAUGAAAGAUAUGAACCUGAACUUCAGUAUCAAAUUGUAUUAAAUGGAAAAGAAGUUGUUCUUCACCUGCAAAAAAGCAAACAUCUCCUGGGGCCAGACUACACUGAAACAUAUUACUCACCCGGGGGAGAGGAAAUCACUACCAGCCCUCAGAACAUGGAACAUUGCUACUAUAAAGGACACAUACUAAAUGAAAAGGAUUCUGUUGCCAGCAUUAAUACUUGUAAUGGAUUGAGGGGAUACUUCACACAUCAUAACCGAAGAUAUGUGAUAAAGCCUCUGAAAAGCACAGACCAAGAAGAACAUGCUAUCCUCACAUAUAACCAGGAGGAACUAGACCUGGCUAAUCACACUUGUGGUGUGAGAAAUGUUGGCAGGAAGCAAGGCCAUAUUCGAACCUCUAGAUCACUCAAUAGUCCAGAGCAAGAAGAUUUUCUUCAGGCUGAGAAAUACAUUGAUCUCUUUUUGGUGCUGGAUAAUGCCUUUUAUAACAUACACAAGGGGAAUCUAACUUCGAUGAGAAGCUUUGUGUUUGAUGUGAUGAACCUACUCAAUGUGAUUUAUAAUACCCUAGACAUUCAAGUGGCAUUGGUAGGUAUGGAAAUCUGGUCUGAUGGUGAUAAGAUCAAGGUGGUACCCAACACAGGUGAUACCUUUAACAACUUUCUGAAUUGGCAUCGUUCUAACCUGAGAAAAAUGAAGAUACAUGACCAUGCACAGCUACUCAGUGGACUUGGCUUUGACAAUCGACGUAUAGGAAUGGCAGCAUCAAAUUCCUUGUGUUCUCCAUCUUCAGUUGCUGUUAUUGAGGCUAAGAAAAAGAAUAAUGUGGCUCUUGUAGGACUGAUGUCACAUGAGUUGGGUCAUGUCCUUGGUAUGCCUGAUAUUCCAUAUUAUACCAAGUGUCCCUCAGGGAGUUGUGUGAUGAACCAGUAUCUGAGUUCAAAAUUCCCGAAGGAUUUCAGUACAUCCUGCCGUUCACAUUUUGAGAGAUACAUUUUAUCUCAAAAACCAAAGUGCCUGCUGCAAGCACCAAUUCCUAAAAACAUAAUAACAAAACCAGUGUGUGGAAACCAACUUCUGGAAGUAGGAGAAGACUGUGAUUGUGGCUCUCCGAAGGAAUGUUCCAAUCCUUGCUGUGAGGCCAAGACCUGCAAAUUAAAAUCUGAAGCUGACUGUAGAAAAGAAACUCUGAACCAUAUCAUUGAAUCAAAAGAUCUACUUCAUUGAGAUGCUACUUGCUAGGACAAGAAUCAAGAAAUCUAAACAUACCAAGAAUUGGGGAUCCCUGUGUGGCUCAGAGGUUUAGCACCUGCCUUUGGCCCAGGGCAUGAUCCUGGAGUCCCGAGAUCAAGUCCCGCAUCAGGCUCUCUGCAUGGAGCCUGC